CUUACCUGCGCAACAUCACUUCUAGAUGCUCAAUGGGCUCCAAAGCUCGCGAGCCUCCCGGGAUGGCGUGCAGCGCGUGCUACUACCUGGUCAUCAGCUCCACUCACCUGAGCAAUGGGCACUUUCGGCGCGUCAAGGGGGUCUUCAGAGGACCUCUUUGUCCGACUGCGAGCAGCGACUCCCCGGAAUGCACAGAAAGGGCUUUAGGUUGCUCAGCAGAGGAUCUGAAGUCUCUUUUCUACUGUGAGCUGUGUGACAAGCAGUACCUGAGACACCAGGAGUUUGACAACCACAUCAACUCCUACGACCAUGCACACAAACAGAGGCUGAAGGAGCUGCAGCACAGGGAAUUUGUUCGCAAUGUGGCCUCGAAAUCAUGGAAGGACCAGCGCAAACAGGAGAAGGCUCUCAGACGUCUGCACCAGCUCGCACAGCUUCAACAGGAGAGCCAGCGACUCCCGAGAAGGACUUGUGGACUUAAACGGGCAGUCAGAGCGGUCAGUCAGCAACAAGAUGAAGAUGUGGACCAAAGAAAACGCUGCUCAGAGGACAAUACUAAACCCUAUAACCGGCUCCAGCAAAUCACAGCUAUACGACCCAGAACUCUCAGCCAUAAGUCUGAAAAGUCACACCAGCCUCUUUCACAAAUACCUCUCACCACAGCUCUAAAAAACUCUCCAAUAAUGACUGCAGCACCUCACACAGACUUUCCUGCAGUGCGUCCCCAGCCUUGCCACAGCUUGUGUCCCCAGCUGCCCCUCUCUGCACAGGGGCGAGUGGGAGGCCGACUCGGAGUGUCCUUCUGCUUCUCACGCCGAGGGCCCAGGCUGGAGCCUUCUGCCUCCGUCUUCUCUGACCUGGAGGAGGAGGAGAGAGAGAAGAGGGAGCGAAUGAGAGAACGAGUGAAGGCAAUAAUGGAGGACAUUGGCAGGGAAAUUGGGGACACAGAAGAGAGGAGAACGCCCAGCUCAGACAGUAGCUUACUGCUGCAGCCGAUCUCAGGUGAAGCAAAGCGAGAAGAGGAAGAAAUGGGAAAAACUGAGGUGGUAAAAGAAUGUUUUUCUCCUUCCACUGCAGCCCCUCGUCAUCAGAGUCACGACUUACAAGGCCCACAGACGCAGACCCAGGUGACCAAAUGUGGCACAACACUCCCACGGGUUUACCUGGACCCCAAACAGACAGACUGCGAGACAGAGAAGUCAGAAACAGACAGAGGGGAGGAGGCAAGUCAGUAUCUGUGUGUGUUGGGGAGAGAUGGUUCAACCCGAAUGAAAUGGCCUGUCAGUUUGCUCAAGUUCACCAAGUCUGAACCGCAUGUCUCCUUCAGCUGCAACCCACUCUGCUUGAGUGUUCAACUGCCAGAACAGCUCACCGGGGAGCCACAGGAGUCACAACAAAAUCAGCUGCGCACUCUUUCAGGUGUGCCAACUGCUCCUACACCAGACGCUCGCUCCGGCUCACUAAGACGAGCGAGACGAGCGAGACGUGAGCUGAGAGCGCGUAGACAGAAGAAGCAUGAUGAGGUUUUAAAGCAGGAGCAACGUAUCAGCGUGGAGACAGAAGCGCAUCUGCUCCUCGACGACAAAAACCUUCCACCGUCGGCAGCAAGAUCGCAAAAAGUGGGAUGCGUAAGAAAGGAGAACUGCGAGAGGGCAGCCUCCCAUCCAUCUGACCCCGCUCUGAGUGACAGCUCUGACACAAACUCCCAGAAUCCUCCGGGAGGGAGAUUAGAGGGUGCAAGCGGGAUCAGGAAGAGAGCCAUCACAGGCCUGAGCUGUAAAUUAGAGUCUGUCACCCAGCCUGGCAUGCAGGGGACGUGCAUCAGCCUGUCCAGGUGUGAAUGUGGGAGUGAGACAAAAUGUGAGUGUGCCAGAGCUCCACAGCCACAUGUGGGCGUCCCAAAAGUGUCACACAAACAGAGGAAGAGCAACACAAAGAAGCUGGUGAAAAAGAAGAAGAAGGCGGCUAAGAAGGAAAAGGCCUCAAACAAGCGCCAAUCAGCAAAGUGCAGAGUAAGGAGUGUUGUCUCCACAGUUUGCAGCGCAGGACGAGAGAGAGGAGAAGCUGAAGGGAGGUGGGGGAAGAGAAGGAGGAGAAGAGAGAUGAGGGAGCAUGGAGAAGGCAGCGACUGUCUCCUGGGGGGAUGUGAGACUGAGCCAGUAUCUGUCUCUGUCAGAAAGAGGAGGCCUCAUAGGAGGCACAGCGCUGAAUUCAAGGCGCAGGCAGGCAGCGAGCAGGCAGAACACGCUGCCAUCGACUCCCAGUUCAGCAGACGCACAGCAGACAGAGAUAUGGAGGGGGGGAGGCAGCAAGACGGAGGGGUGGCAACUUUUCCCUGGCGGUCUCUCGUCUCUGUUCGCGCCUUCUCACCAGGACGUAACUCUAAGCUGUUUUGGGAAAGGGGUCACCAUAGCAACCCCAGGAGUUUCAUUGACUGCUGUUACCCUGACAACAGCUGUGGUAGCGGCCCAGCAAAAAAGAGAAAAUUCCUCCGCGGGGACAGGAAAUUCAUUCAUGGAGACGGGUACAGCGAAGUCUGGGAGAGUAAUGGAAGGAAAAUGUUGGGACGCCUGGGCCACAAAGACAGAGGACUGAUGUGGGAGUGGGCAAGAGCUGGAGUUGAGGAGAGAGGCUGGUCAAGGACUGGCUGGAGAAACAGGGCAACAGAGUGGGAUCAUGCGGCAAAGUUCAGCCCAAGUCCCAAAGGCUUGGGAAGGAGACACGGAUGCUUUAAUGUAGAGGAUGCAGACUGGGACAGGUGGACAUGGGGCAGCAGCGAUAGCUGGGAAGAUCUGGGAGUAUGCCCGUCUAUUUCAAGCUCCAAGACUUGUGCUGAUGGCAGAGACACGUGGAGGUGUGCAAGCACCAGACGCUCGAGUUCAAGACACUUCUCGAGCCCUGAGUGGUGGACGAGCCGACAGCUGCGCAGCUGCCAGACCACCAUGGGCAACCAGGGCAGCAGGUGCCACAGCCCACGCUCAUGCAGUCCCUGCAGCAGCACCAGUAUGUCUGAGCUGAGCUGUGAGUGGAGCAAAAGCAGCACCUGCUCAGGAGACACAGUGGAUAGGUUGAUUGCUGGCUCCAGCAGGACAUCAGCAGCAGCUGCAGAAACGUCUCAGGAAGCAAGAAAGCACAGCGGCCCCGUGUCCACACCACCCUUUUGCUCUCGUUCUUCUCUCCAAAAUUCAACACUAAAAGUCUCAAGCCUGAACGCAAAUCUCGGCAACAGAAGUUCUGCACAGCUAAACAACACAAGUCCACAGUCAGAGCGUGUCCACGAACAGUCUGUUUGUCUCACAACGAGCAGCUCAGGCACAGCUCCGCCGCAAAAAACAGCCAGGGUGAUGCUUUUACCGCUUAUCGGAAAACUUCCCGCAAUCCAGAGAAAGGCGAGAAGAGAAAAGGGCCUGCAAAAGAAAGGUUUAGAAGCUGAGCGAGAGGAGGAAGCUAAGAGCUGCAUGGAGGACGCUGGCACGGCUGUUGACAGUCAAAAACGUCUUCUGAACAUUGCUGAGUCAAAUCCAAGCAGGUCCCCAAAUCUCUGCCUGCCACAGAUUAGGACUGAUGACAAACAGGCAGGUGGAGAGACAGCUGCACCAAUCAGCUUUUCGGCUGAGGAGAUGGAGAAAUAUCGCGUCCUGCAAGAGCAGGCGAGAAAGCACAUGCAGAAAAUCCUGGAAAACACACUGGAAAGUGCAAAUCCGCACACAGAGACCAAAUACACACACGAGCCACACACAAGCAGUUAUGUGACGUCUGAUGAACAGUUCAAACCUGCACCUUUGCACAGCCCUGUUCAAACUCAAAUAAUCCAUCCAGACAUGUUGCAAGUCCAACACACCUUCCAUGUUAGUGUCCCUGUGCAACAUGUAACCCCCCAUGAGAGAUUUACACCACCUGUGGCUCUGGGAGUCCCCAACCUCCCCCCUCUUCCACCAUCUCCACCCCUGUCAAAUCUUCAUAUCAUUUUACAACAAGCAGCUCUCUCCAUACCCCACCGCGUGCCUUCCACUUCCAGCUCACCCCCGUCUCCUGCCAUUCACUCACCGUCACCCCCCCGCCUGCCGUCCCUGCCUCAUCCUCUCCACCUCACACCCCUCUCCAUCUCCUCUCUGUUUCCAUCCAUCCUCCUCUCCCAUCAUCCCAUCCCACUCCUGGCCCAGUCCCUGCACGCGUCCCCCCUCACUCCGCUCUCCCCACUAGCCCUACAACCUUUGAACUCACAGCCUUUCCUGGACACAUCAUGGCCAGUCAGGUUCCAACAGAAGGCAAUAUGAAUUUUAUAGAGUGGCUGCCACGUUUAUCAGUUUUUCUUGGCAGUGCUGUCCAGUGAAAAAAAACAUGAGGGAACGGUUGACAAAAAAAAGCCUG